CAUGGCCCAGGAGAACGGCGAGGAGGGCGCCUCGUGGAAGAAGCCGGCCGACGACAUCAGCAAGAUCUUCGCGUUCAAGGAGACGCUGGGAACUGGUGCAUUUUCUGAAGUAGUUUUGGCUGAAAACAGGUCUACUGGAAAACUAUUUGCAGUUAAGUGCAUCCCAAAGAAAGCUCUGAAAGGAAAGGAAAGCAGCAUAGAGAAUGAAAUCGCAGUUCUGAGAAAAAUCAAGCAUGAAAAUAUUGUUGCGCUGGAAGAUAUCUAUGAGAGUCCAAACCACUUGUAUCUGGUCAUGCAACUAGUGUCAGGAGGGGAGCUGUUUGACCGCAUUGUGGAGAAAGGAUUUUACACUGAAAAAGAUGCGAGCACCCUGAUACGGCAGGUCUUGGACGCUGUGUACUAUCUCCACAGGAUGGGCAUUGUUCACAGAGAUCUGAAGCCUGAAAAUUUGUUGUACUACAGCCAGGAUGAAGAAUCUAAAAUCAUGAUUAGUGAUUUUGGCCUGUCAAAAAUGGAGGGCAAAGGCGACGUCAUGUCCACAGCAUGUGGUACCCCAGGAUAUGUUGCUCCUGAAGUGCUUGCCCAGAAACCCUACAGCAAAGCAGUGGACUGUUGGUCGAUUGGAGUGAUUGCUUAUAUCCUGCUCUGUGGGUAUCCACCCUUCUAUGAUGAAAACGACUCUAAGCUUUUUGAGCAGAUCCUUAAGGCAGAAUAUGAAUUUGAUUCUCCAUAUUGGGAUGACAUCUCUGAGUCUGCUAAAGAUUUUAUUCGAAAUCUGAUGGAGAAAGACCCCAAUAAAAGAUACACCUGUGAACAGGCAGCCCGACAUCCAUGGAUUGCCGGUGACACAGCCCUCAGUAAAAAUAUCCAUGAAUCCGUCAGCGCUCAGAUCCGCAAGAACUUUGCAAAAAGCAAAUGGAGACAAGCAUUUAAUGCCACAGCAGUGGUGAGGCACAUGAGAAGAUUACAUCUCGGCAGCAGUUUGGACAGUUCAAAUGUAAACGUGUCGACCUCUCUCAGUCUGGCCAACCCCCUCCCCGACGGAACAGCCAAGAAAGAUUGUAUGUCACCAUCCACUCUCUGUAGUUUUGCAUCAUCAGCUUCAUCUGGCGUUUCAGCGGUAGGAGAGAGAAGAACCAGGCAGACCACAGUAACAACAGUGCAUACGGGGAGCAAGUGAUCCAGACCCGUCGCUUCUCCCUACAGGAGGAGGUCAGAA